AUCUGCGGUCAGAAAUAGGACUGAUUUCUAUUUUAAGCCCUUGGCAACGCAGAAGCUCGUUUGCGCGAGCAAUAAUUUAAUAACAUGGAUUUCUAAAUGUAUUUUGCGACGCUUGCGCACGCGACGUGUCCGGUCUGGGUCAGCAUGUUACCACUCAAACGCGUCCUAUGUGUCCAACUAACUAACUAACUAACUAACUAACGUACCAAGUUGCUGGACUACUCUGGAUGUGAAAAUGAACGGUGUGUCUUUAAGGCGUCCUACUGCUCUGUAGAUGUGUGUUGCUGUGGCAGAGAAACUGACGCCCGGGAGGGACCCUGUAAAUCCACGUUAUUAUUCCCAUCCUGAACCGGCGAGGAAACUGGCGGCGUUGCGUUCAUAGCAGAUACAGCAGUCAAUCAUAAACAAACGUCCCCAAACUAUUGCAACUCUGUCGCGGUGGACAGACACACGUUGCGUUGCUGUGUGUUGAGCCGACCACCAGGAUGAGGCCUGGUCAGCUGUGUGUUGAGCCGACCACCAGGAUGAGGCCUGGUCAGCUGUGUGUUCUGAUCCCAGCUUCCACUACCCUCCUCUUCCUCCUGGUCCUAUCAGGAUCUUCUCAGACCAGUGCCUGUAACAAGGCCCUCUGCGCCUCCGAUGUCAGCAAGUGCCUCAUACAGGAGCUGUGUCAGUGUCGUCCGUCCGAUGGGAACUGUUCAUGCUGUAAAGAGUGUAUGCUCUGUCUGGGGACACUGUGGGAGGAGUGCUGUGACUGUGUUGGGAUGUGUAACCCUAAGAACUACAGUGAUACUCCAGCCACCUCCAAGAGCACAGUGGAGGAACUCCAUCGACCAAUCCCCUCGCUGUUCCGAGCCCUCACGGAGGGCGACGCCCCUGUCAACAUGAUGGUGGUGUCCUUUCCCGUUGCCGAGGAACUAUCUCACCAUGAGAACCUGGUCUCUUUCCUAGAGACGCUUGACGACCAGCACCAGAACAUAUCGCUCCCCGCCAACAGCAUCCACGGCACUCAAGAUAACAUGUGUACGGUGGUCUACUUUGACGACUGCGUAUCCAUCCGCCAGUGUAAACUAUACUGUGAGUCGAUGGGAGGGUCGAAGUACCGCUGGUUCCACAACGCCUGCUGUCAGUGCAUCGGCCCGGAGUGUCUGGACUACGGCAGCAAGGCUGUUAAGUGCAUGAACUGUCUGUUCUGAAGACAGACGGUGGAUGGAUCUAUGAACUGUCUGUUCUGAAGACUGACUGUGGAUGGAUCUAUGAACUGUCUGUUCUGAAGACUGACUGUGGAUGGAUCUAUGAACUGUCUGUUCUGAAGACUGACUGUGGAUGGAUCUAUGAACUGUCUGUUCUGAAGACUGACUGUGGAUGGAUCUAUGAACUGUCUGUUCUGAAGACAGACGGUGGAUGGAUCUAUGAACUGUCUGUUCUGAAGACUGACUGUGGAUGGAUCUAUGAACUGUCUGUUCUGAAGACUGACUGUGGAUGGAUCUAUGAACUGUCUGUUCUGAAGACUGACUGUGGAUGGAUCUAUGAACUGCCUGUUCUGAAGACUGACUGUGGAUGGAUCUAUGAACUGUCUGUUCUGAAGACAGACUGUGGAUGGAUCUAUGAACUGUCUGUUCUGAAGACAGACGGUGGAUGGAUCUAUGAACUGUCUGUUCUGAAGACUGACUGUGGAUGGAUCUAUGAACUGUCUGUUCUGAAGACAGACUGUGGAUGGAUCUAUGAACUGUCUGUUCUGAAGACAGACUGUGGAUGGAUCUAUGAACUGUCUGUUCUGAAGACUGACUGUGGAUGGAUCUAUGAACUGUCUGUUCUGAAGACUGACUGUGGAUGGAUCUAUGAACUGUCUGUUCUGAAGACAGACUGUGGAUGGAUCCAUGAACUGUCUGUUCUGAAGACUGAUGGCUCCAUGGUGGUGGAGACUGGCACCAAAAAUAUGGACCAAAACAAUGGGUGGCUCCAGAGAGGGGCUACACGAUGCUGAAGCCUCCUCAAAAAUAGCCUAGUCCCCCCCCCCCAAAAAAACAUGGUAUUAGUACAUCAUAUAUGACAGGACCCCUUAGCUUCCCCCUUAGCUUCCCCCUUAGCUUCCCCUUAAGCUUCCCCCUUAGCUUCCCCCUUAGUUUCCCCCUUAGCUUCCCCCUUAGCUUCCCCCUUAGCCACCCCCUUAGCGACCCCUUAGCCUCCCCUUAAGCUUCCCCCUUAGCCUCUCCUUAAGCUUCCCCCUUAGCCUCCCCCUUAGCUUCCCCCUUAGCCACCCCCUUAGCGACCCCUUAAGCUUCCCCCUUAGCCUCCCCCUUAGCUUCCCCCUUAGCUUCCCCCUUAGCUUCCCCCUUAGCUUCCCCCUUAGCUUCCCCUUAGCCACCCCUUAAGCUUCCCCCUUAGCUUCCCCCUUAGCCUCCCCUUAAGCUUCCCCCUUAGCCUCCCCUUAGCUUCCCCCUUAGCCUCCCCUUAGCUUCCCCCUUAGCCUCCCCUUAGCUUCCCCCUUAGCCUCCCCUUAAGCUUCCCCAAUGAAAAGUUUCCGUUGCCACCGCUGACCCAACAUGAGAAGACUGACUGACGAGGUCCGAUAUUCAUUGUAACCAUCAGAGCUCGCUGACUGAAUUUAUCUCUGUGUUUUCUUUCAUGAGUGAAUGACGUCAAAUAUUUUCCUUCUUACUGAUUUUAUUGUUUUAUCAUUCUUUUAUUCUGUGUAUGUUGUAUAUUUUAGAUGUUUAAAAAAAAAAAGUUUUUACUAGAGCUGUUUGUUGUUAAUGUUUUUUUGUAUUUUUUUUUACAAUAAUCUAAAUAAAAUGUGUUUGUUGACUUGG